AUGUUUUCAGCUGAGUCAGUGCUGGUGCAGCCAAUGCAGCUCUCAUCAUCACAAGAAAAGUACGGUCUAAAUCUCGUGAAGAAUCAAAACCCAGAUGAUAACAUUUUGCAAAAAGCUUUUUUAGAUAAAACCACCCAUUCCUCAAUAUCGCCAUCCGAUAUAUUAAACCUAAAUCGUAGGGAAAGUACUAGUAAGCCCUUGGACCGAGACUAUCAUGAUUACGAUGACUAUCGACAUUCAUUUGCAGGAUGCUCAGCUUUCAAUUUUGUACGUGAUCCUGAAGUUCUGACGGUUUCUACAAUGAAAGACGCAAGCUUAAACUCACCCGGACAUGAGCAGUACAUCACUGUGAAUCGUCCUGUUAAAGAUUUAAAAAAGCAUUUUAAUCCCGAAGCCUUCGAAAGUAAUGACCCUGAAAUUUGUGAAAAAGAACUUCAAGAUCUUAGUAUAUGUGAUGACAACGAACCAAGACAUUUAAGUGAAGUUACUGAAAAACUACUAAACCAGAAUCGACUAGACAUUAAUAGCACGACAGACGACGGUCAGUGCAGUAACGAUUUUGCAGUUGAAGAUACCAAAGCCCCGACAUGCUAUUAUGAGAACAGAGUUAACAAUAAAACUCCGUGUGACAAUGACGACAUCAAAAAGCGCGAAAAGAGUCCAAUUGUAGAACCAAGUAAACCUACUGUUGAUUACAGUCGAUACAGUAUUAAGAACCAUAUUCUUAAUCGUUUUAAAAAGGAAUUAAUCGCUGCUAAACUGAGUAAACAACAGAAUGAGCAUAAUGAAAUUAGCGAGAAACCGUCUUUACCAGAACAGCCAAACUCUAAUGAUAAAACAACGGAUCUGUCCCAUAAAUUACUGGAGUCGUAUCAAAAUCGCUUAAAUGAGAAAUUAGAUAACAGAAAUAAAGGCGACAUAGAAGCAGUUGUGGAACUUAAUCGAUUUGAGAAUAUAUCACCUGAUGAUGAUCUUCAGCCAUUUGAAAACAGGAUAUUAAUGACACCCAGAUUUAAUGAUGGCAUACCCAUGAUGAAUUAUAGUCAAGUUUUCGAACAAUACCCUGACAAUGAUCGUCAGCAUUCUAUUAAUGAGAGAACGACAGCUGAACGAGAUGAAUAUAAUGAUGAUACAAUGGCGGAGUACAAUAGAUUUAAUAAUUGUUUAUCUCUAGCGGACCACGAUCAAAUUGAUCUUCCUCUGCGAUUUGAUAACACAGUUCCUUUAGACCAUACCAGAUUCAGGAAUGAGUUCGCUAUGGCCGGGCCGAAUCAAAGUAAUGAGAAUUUAUUCAGUGCGGAAUAUAACAGAUUUAUGAUUGGAUAUCCUGAAAUAGAGGAGCAUCGUUUUAGUAAUGAAUCAUCAACAAGCAAAUACAGUACGUUGAAACAAAAUACAGAGUCCAAAAUAUUCAAUGACAUCAAAUCUGCGGACGAAUAUAGAUCCCUGAACAGAUACCCAGAGGUGGUGCAUCAACGUCCAAAUACUAAGAAACCUUUUAUGUUCACCUCAUUAUUUGAAAGCAAAUACCCUAGAAGUGUUGCUUAUAUCGAUAGAUUCUCUGAAAUCGAACAGCGUUUGGAUAACAAACUAACAAUCGCCGAAUACAACAGAGCCAAAGAAAAUUUUUCUGUUUCCGCACAAACUGUCUGCAGCGAAGAAAUAUCAGUAACUGACCACGCUCGAUGUAUCGACGAUAUAUCAAUAACUGAUCGUAACAGACUACUCGACGACAUGUCUGUAACCGAUCGCAAUCGGUUCCUCCAUAGCAUGGAAGCGGCGGAUCGUAACAGGCUCAUUGAAAAUAUAUCAGUGACAGAUCAUCAUCAGUUCAAUGACAGGUUAAAUGACAUAGACCGACGAUUUAACAACAAUAUAUCAGUAACAGAACGGAACAGAUUAAAUUACAACAUGAGCCCUGAUCACAUUAGCUUCGUUGAUCGAUCUCCCGAAUAUCAGCGCUGCAGCCCAGUGAGUCAUAUCGGAGACAGCUCGAGGACAUCUGAGAAUCAAGAUCGGUACCUUGAUGGAACACCUGACACUCCAAUUAGUUAUCCAGAUAGUAUUUCUCUUACAGAUUAUAAUCAAUUUGUGAGUAGGUUUCCUAGUGCUCAUCACCAAAAACCUAAUCUAUCAAUUGAAGAUCAAGAAAGACUGAGAGAACCAUAUUUUGCUGAAUAUCUUAGAUUUAAAGAUAAAAUAUCUGUGAUAAACAGGACCAAUAAAGAUAACUUUAAAGACAAGGUACAUUUGGUUGAUGAGGAUAGGUUAGAAUCUAACAGAUUGAUUGAGAAAGUUUCGAUGAAUACAAUACAAGAGCAAAAUAGACUUGAUAAUAAAAGGAUUACUGCGUCUAUAUCAAAGGAAAGUCUAUUAGACAACAGUAUAUCUAUGCCAUCUGUAAUAGGAUUUAAACGUUACGUUACUGAUGAAAAACUAACCCCGUCUUUAGUAGAGCGAUGUCGAUUAAGUGAAGAAAUAGUACCUAUUGUAUCUAUUCCAAACCGUGUUCCAAACAAUGAAAAAAUAUCUAUGCCAUCUAUGCCCGAAUUCGGCCGUUUGGUAAUCGAUGAAAAUCCGAUACAAUCUAUAGAAGAAAAAAGUCUAUUCAAUGAAGAUAAGGCUAUGCCAUCUAAGUCGGAUCACGUUCCAACCAAUGACAAAAAGCUUCCAUCUACAGGAGAAUCGGGUUAUUUCUACACCGAUGAAAAGACAAAAGGGUCGCUAGGACAGCAAAUUCAAUUAAAUGAAAACAAAUCAAUUGUAUCAAUGGCGGAUCAUGUUAGGAAAAACGAAAAAAAAUUUACGCCAUCAAAGUUAAAUUCUGAUCGUUUUAUUAUCAAUGAAAAAGCAACUAAGCUCUUGGAUGAGAAUUAUGAAGCUACACCAGAUAACAAGUUAAAUGAAAAAGUGCCAAUGGAACCAAUGCAGUCUCAUAGUGGGUUUAAUGACAAAAUGUUAUCAACUGUGAUGGAGCAUAAUUUAUCAAUUGACAAAAUCCCACCAGUUUUUUCGGCAGAGUAUAAUCGGCUAAAGAAUAAAAUGCCAUCUGUUGAAAUAAGGUUAGAUGAUCAACCCAUUAUAGUAUCUAAACCCGAAAAUGACGGGUCAGAUGGCAAAUUGCCUACUCCAUCUACAGUCGUAUUUAAUGAAAUUAUUGACAAAAUGACAAUGAGACCGAUGCCGGAAGAAAAGCGAGUAGAUGAAAAUAUGACGAAAGCUACUUGCAAAACGCCUGUGCUAGUUAAGUCAGACUUCAAUCCGGUGCAUACAGAAAUAGCUGUGCCACCGUCAUUUACAAAUGACACUAAGCAAUUAAAAGACAAAAAAAAACUGCUAACAAAACCAGUAGUGUUUCAAAAAUUAACUGAGAGAGUGUCCUCAUCUACAAUUGAAGGCAAUCAAUGGAACGAUAGAAUUCCUUUGGGAUCAACGGCUGACUUAAAGAACAAAUCGCUUGAUAUAGCGCCUAUAACAUCGGUGGCGGAACAGAGGCCAUUGGACGCCGAAGUACCGAAAAGUGAACAUAAAAUUAAUAAUGAUAGCAUGAUACCUGCGGCAUCUAGUCUGGAGCGUGAGGUGAAAUCACCAGUAGAACAGAUUGAAUUAGGUGACAAAAUACCCAAAACAUCAAUAGCAGAAUACACCAGAUUCCAUAAUGAAAAACCGAUACCAUCUCCGCAGAAGUCAAAUGAUAAGACAUGUAGGACACCACCUAUCCAACUUGAUCAAUUAAACUAUAAAUUUUCGCUAGAAAAAAACAGAACAAACGAUAAGCCUGAAAAUGAUCGGUUAUUUGACAGCUUACUAAAGACUGGACAAGAAGAAUUCGACAAGAAUUUAUCCUUGGCGGAUCCUAGCGGAUUCCAUACCAGUAAUCCGAUACCAACUCCACAGAAAUCAAAUGACAAAACAUGCACGGCAUCACCUAUUCAGCGUGAUCGGUUAAACCAUGAAUUUUCGAUAGAAAAAAACCGAUCAAACGAUAAGUCUGAAAAUGAUCGGUUAUUUGACAGCUUACUGAAGACUGAUCAAGAAGAAUUCGACAAGAAUUUAUUAUUGGCGGAAUAUAAUAAAUUUAAAGAAAAAUCUAUGCCAGACAACAGCCAAUUGAUAAAUAAAUUUUCUUUAGUAUCUAUCGCCGAUCAGGAUGGAUUUAAUAAAACUAGAUAUGACAAAAAAGAAAAUAAUAUAUCUAAAUUUGAACAAGGCACGAAUAAUAUUGGAACAGAAUAUAGUCGUAAGAAUGAUAAUACAGCAAUGGUGGAAGAAACAAAAAAUGAUAAGAGUCAGACUCGAUCUCAUGAAAAAAUUAUUGUAAUUGAUCUUUCACGAUACCACGAUCAAAGUACAAUGGAAGAAACUAAAUUUAACUGCAAAGCAUCUGCAGAAAAUCGUAUUAUACCAAUUGUUACUAUUAACAUUCCCAAGGAAGAACGCGAAAGGUUUAAUGAAGCCAUAGCAUAUGCAAAGCGUGAAACGCUUAAUGAUGCAACCAGUCUACCCGAAAAAAAUCAAGAUUGCAGUAAUGGAUUGCCAAACAAUGCAGAUGUAAAGAUAACGUCUAUCACGAACCAAAGUAAAGCAGACGAUAACAAUCCUUCAUCAAAACAAACCGAACAUAAUGAAAUUAAGCCCAGAAAAUUCAAUCCCAAAACAAAAUACCAAAAAACAUCUGAAACUGAAAAUUCCUCACAUACUGAAAUAUUAAAGCCAGUUACUGAAGUAUACAAUAUUGAAACAUCUAUACCAGAAAAAAACAGUGUGAAUUACCAUAUGCCUUUACUUGAUGAUGAGUUAAUACUUGAAAAGAAAAUUGAAAGUGAUAACAAAAGAAAUGUAGACCUGCUCAAAAAAAAUAAAGAUUCAUUGACACGAGAUAGCUGUCAAACUAUAAAGCUUAACGAGAGCAUGUCUGUCAAUGAAAGUCUAUUAGAUGACCUUGUCUCUGAUUAUAAACAAGAAUCCAAAUUAACUAUUACCUCAGUAACACAAGGCUCAGGAGCAAUUAUCACAAUACCGUCAAAGAAUGAUUUCAAUAAAAAAAUAAAGGACCAGUGCAGUCAAACUGACACUAAGGACAACGUCUUAUUGAGUAAGCUUCCAUUUCCUUUUAAUCACGCAUUUAACAAAGCGGAUUCGUCACCUAGAAUAGAAAUAAAAAGCAACGUAGUCAUAAGACCCGCUAGUGAAUGUGAAAAUAAAACAUCAAUUCAUCCAGUUACAAAAUCUAAUAAUAGUAUCAGCACUCUUAUCAAUGCCGCUGAAGCUAUAAGUAAAAUUGAACACCAGUUUAAAUCUCCGGAACCGAAAAAAGACUCAGAGUUAAAAAAAAAGCCGUACGCAUCUGGCAAUUCAGAUAAUAAAUUGAGCAUUUCUAAUAAGGCACAAAAAAACGAAUAUCCCAAAGAUUCAAUAGUUUCUACUGACAAUAAUCAGAAUCCAAAGAUAUUGCGAAAGAAUCCUCAAGUUGUAUUACAAAGAACGAAUUUGGAUCAAAAAACCGUAUCAAGUAAAUCUCGAAAGUUGUUGCAAAAGAAUGAAAAAAUUGAAGAAGAUAAUGUAACUGCAAGUAGUCUUUCGUCUAACGAGAUCGCAUUAAAGCGAACUCAUCAAGAAAGUUGUGAUGUAAAUGACUUCGAAAGCUUGAUAACGGAAAACCAAAUUUAUGAAGACAAAAUAGUUGUGAAGGAAAAAACACAAGAUACGUCACAAGAGGACGACUUGAAAAAGGUCAGAGUUACGAUAACACAGAAGCAAACGAAAUUAAUCGAUAAACCUACUGUUCCUAUAACUAAGAUUGGCGAAAAACACUCACAGAAAAAGAAUGCACAAAAAUUUGUUCCCAAUAAAAUACCAGAUAAAAUUGUAAAACGUAGAAUAGCAGAAAUAAUUGCAAAUAUCAAAGAAAGUCAAAGAAAAGCCAAAGAACAAUAUGCACAAAGAAAAGCUGCUGAAAAAGCAAUGCAAGACAAAAUUAGUAAGGAAGCUGAAAAGUUCAAAAAACCUUAUGAUAAAAAUAUAAAGAACAAAAAAACUGAAAAACUGGUACAAACUAAAGCGACUGAAACGACUACGCUGAAAGGAACUGAAAGAAAGGCUCUAGAUAAAGUGUGCGAUAAAGUUGUUCAAAAUAAAUUAAUAAACACACUUACACAGAAUAACGUCGUUGAAAAUUAUUCUCAUUUCAUCAAUACUGAAAAUUUUGUACAAAAUCAAUUUACAUCGAACUCUGAACAGAUGGUUCCUAAAAAUCAUAUAGAAAUUAAAAUAGUCGAUAGAUCAAAAGGUGAAGUUAGUAAAACUCCUAUCACAUCUACUGAUGGUUCGAUACGUAAAAUAACAAUAGAAAUACCAGCACCAGAUAACGUUGAACAACAGCCAAUAGUCGGUGAUAAAUCACUACAAAUGCUUAUCGAAAAAUCAGUACAGAAUAAAAGCGAUAUAGUAGGGACCACGGUGCAAAGUGUGCCCAUGAUCGAGAUAACUCCACAUACAGUUGAAGAGCAACCAUUUCCUACCGACGUUCUAGAAAUCGGACCUUUGAAUCGAACUUUUAUCGACGUUCCUCCACAAUCUAACGUAGUGGUACAACCAAACUUUGUAUAUCUAAGCAACUUACCGUACCCAAAUGUUAUGAUGUUCCCGAAUACUAACUUAGGUCCAAGCAAUGCCUUACCGAACCACAACAUUUACCACUAUGGCCAAACCGAACCCAUGCCUGAAUAUCAUCUAAUACCCCAACCACCAGAUCCUCAACUAGAAUAUUAUAAUUUACCACAAGCACAGUCUUUGAAUGCACCGAAAGAAAUACAACUUAUUACUCCAAACGGAAACGUCAUACAAACUGUAACGGCAAAUAAGGACUUGAUGCUCCCAACUAACCAAAACUUUGCAAUUAAUCCUCAAAUGUACUAUGAAGUAGAUGCUGAGGGUAAUUUAACUCCACUUGGGAAUUUAGGCUACAAUCCGUUGAUACCAGAAUGUGAUCCAGUCGUGGAUCAGAAUAAAAACGAAGAUGUAGUCACGGCCUGUCCACCGGAUGCUAAUAUACCAACAAAAAUCGUUAAGGCGAAUGUAAAAGCCAUGGCACCUAAAGUAAAUGAUGAAGUGAGCACUCUAGAUUUAUACGAAAAGCGCAGAAGAAUAAAAAGAAUCAAAUAUUUAAGUAACAGACCAACGAAAGUUCUUUCGAAGAAAUCUAAAUCAAAAAGAGUUUAUGACAACCCCAAGUACAUUAUAACGCCUAGCAAAGUGAGUGAAGAGGUAUAUAAGGAGUAUUUAAGUAAAAUUAACGAAAAAGACGGAAGCAGCAGUGAUAGUGAUGAUGAAGAGGCUCAGCUGAAACAAUACCUCGAAAUAAUCAGUAAAUAUGCUAUUAGGGAUGAGAAUUUUACAGAUAAAACGAAAUAUAUGUCCGGAUUGAAAUUGAUGACAAAAGAGGCUUAUCAAGAAAAACAAUCAGAAACCCGAAGAAAGUCUCCAAGAUUCAGUACCGUGGCCUCAGCUAACAUCACUAAUGGUAAAGACCAUCGCUUCCCACAUGCACGUCGCGAUACAGAUACCUCACCUCCGGCCUGUGAACAGCACCUUAAAGACAAUCUUGUCGGCACAGACAAUUCAAUAUUUCAACACAAAAAGAGUUUCUUAUCACUGCUGAAUUUAGGACAGGCCACUGAGAAAUAUAAAAAAGGCUACGAAAGAACAUGGCAAGAGAAUGACAAGAAAAGGAAGCGAAGACACGACCCCGACGACGACGGCCCCGGUGCACACAAACCAAAAGAGCCCAAAGUCAACAUGCACUUCGAUACUAAUAACCAUUUACAACUACUCUCGCAAAUUAAAAUAUUUGUUAACGAAAACAAUAAUCUCAUCAAGAAGCGAAUAGACGCCACUGCAGAUGAAGAAGAAGACGAAAGUAUAAAAGCCCUAGCCGACAAAAAUUUUUCAGAACUAAGUCGUCUAUCCAAGAUGGCCAAUAGAAGCGUUAAACUCUUCACGGGACAGGACACGAAAAAGAGAGACUUGACCCCCGGCUUUGACAGCGAGAACAUUGAAAAAUCAGCAGAAACCGUCGAGAGGAAAUUCAUAGAAUUAAAAAUACCGAAUUGGGCAACAAACGUGCCAUUGUCAGAUGUCAGCAGUGAGCCGCCCCACGCGCUUCCAUCCCAAGCCAAUGACGUGUCUGCAGGUCUGCCACCCGCGCGGGAAGCUCCUGCCAGGAGGCCGGUGCGUCAGGUGCGGGACGCAGCCUGCCAAGCCACACCGGUGACUUGGCCAGGAUUCGAGUGUUUCAAAAGAGGCUUCCAGCUGUUCGAUGCAGGCCGUCGCAAGGAAAUGGUCCUACUGCAUCGUCUGAACACCGGUCUCAGAGUAGAAGGAGCUCGGAUCACUCGACUGGCCUCCCACGAGUCGGAUAGGGCCAAAGCAUUAUUAGCCGAGCGAGAGCACUUGGCUGCAGAAGAACGUAUCAUAAGGAAAUCAUUGCACAAACUGUGUCGAGCCGUGGAAACAAUUCGGCGAGCCCCGGUUCAGUGAUUUAACACUUCAAUGGUUGUAUUUCCACACAGUGUUCGGCUUCAAAGCGACAAAAUGACAAAUAUGUACUAAAGCAAUAAAAGUUAGGUAGGACGUCUUUUACAAAAAACAUUUACAGGAUUUUUAGGUGUUAAAUCAAUGUCUUAGGAUAAUAAGUAUUC